CAGCAGUGGGACCAGAACCUGGAGAAACUGAACCUGGAUCUGUUCCGUGUGCGCUGCUAUCUGUCCAGCCUGCAGGGCGGCGAGCUGCCCAACCCCAAGAGCCUGCUCGCCGCCGCCAGCCGGCCCUCCAAGAGCAUGCUGGGACGCCUGGGCGUCUUCUCCGUGUCCUCCUUCCAUGCUCUGGUGUGCAGCAGAGACGAGGGAACGCUACGGCGACGCAGCCACUCUCUGUCGGGAGGAAGCAGCCGGAGGCGGGGCCUGCCGUCCUCUCUGAGGGCGCUGGACGCACCCAAGAGACGCAGCAGGGACGCCAGACACUCCACGGCCCAGGUGUGUGAGCAGCUUCCAGAUGUUUUCACUCUGAACAUCUGUCGACUCGAUGCGGCCACAGACUUCGGGUUUGCGGUGAAGGGUCACGUGGACGGAGCAGGAAGGAGUCACGUGCACGUCAGCGACGUGGAGCCGCUGGGCCUGUCUGCUAGAGGAGGCCUCAGGGCAGGUGACGAGGUCCUGGCAGUGAACGGGGCGGUCCUGUCCGGUCUGGACCUGGACCUGAUGCAGAGCGUCUUCAGCCACAGGAAGCUGCAGCUGCUGCUGCGGAGAGACAGGACACCGGGCCCCCCCUCUGACCCCCCCACUGACCCCCCCUCUGACCCCCCCUCUGACCCCCCUGCUGACCCCUGCCAGCCCCCGCACCCCCACAGCUGGACCAAGACCUGGACCAAGACCUGGACCAACACCGAUCCUCCAGACGGCGCCCUGCUUCCCGUUUGGGACAGCCCGUCAUCCCAGCGGUCCCAGGACGGCGAGCUGCAGACACAGGACGUGGGGCGGGUUCACGCCCUGUACCAAACGUUCUCAGAGCGCCGAGCGCCGGACGCCAACGCUCCCAGGAACCCGUACGGCCCGCAGCACGCCGGCGGCUCUGCAAGCCCCGCCCACCUGAGCGUGUGUCAGCGCCUGCGCCGAGUCAUCGAGGAGCUGGUCGACACCGAGAAGUCCUACGUCAACGACCUGGUGUGUCUCUUUGACCUCUACCUGACUCCGCUGCAGAAGGAGACCUUCCUCAGUAAAGAAGAGAUGGAGGCGCUGUUCGGCAGCCUGCCGGAGAUGUUGGACUUCCAGAGAGUCUUUCUGCAGAACCUGGAGGAGAGGAUCGCCUCCUGCCCCAACUUCAGCCACCUGGAAACCCCCGCGCAGUUCAAGAAACUCCUCUUCUCGUUGGGCGGAUCUUUCCUCUACUAUGCCGACCACUUCAAGCACUACAGCGGCUUCUGUGCCAACCACAUCAAAGUCCAGAAAGUUCUGGAGAGAGCGAAGACAGACAGCGCCUUCAAGCACUUCCUGGAGGCGAGGAAUCCGACCAAUCAGCACUCGUCGUCUCUGGAGUCGUACCUGAUCAAACCUGUUCAGAGAGUCCUGAAGUAUCCACUGCUGCUGAGAGAGCUGGUGUCUCUGACCGACCCCGAGAGCCCCGAGCACACACACCUGACAGAGGCGCUGAGAGCGAUGGAGAAGGUGGCGACUCACAUCAACGAGAUGCAGAAGAUCUACGAGGAUUAUGGCUGCGUGUUCGACCAGCUGGCCGCCGAGCAGAGCGCGCCCGACAAACAGGUGACUGACAUCUCCAUGGGGGAGUUCCUGGUCCAUUCGUCGGUGGUUUGGCUGAACCCCCUUCCCUCUCUGGGACGCCUGAGGAAAGAACCGGAGCUCACGCUGUUCGUGUUCAAACGGGCCGUCAUCCUGGUUUACCGUGACAACAGCAAGCUGAAGAAGAGGAUGACGGGCUCUCGCUCAGCUGAUCUGGACCCCUUCAGGUUCCGCUGGUUAAUCCCAGUGUCAGCGGUUCAGGUCCGACCGGCCAACAUCACAGGCUCAGAGAACCAGUGUGUGUGGGAGCUCGUUCACAGCCGGUCGGAGGUCGAGGGACGACCGGAGACGGUGUUUCAGCUCUGCAGCAGCGGUUUGGACACGAAGGCGAGCGUGCUGCGAGCUCUGCGCUUCCUCCUCCGAGAGCGAGCGCCGGCCGCCAGCUCCCUGAGGAGGAGGCAGCAACGAUGUCAUUCCGAAACCCACGGGACGUCCCAUCAUCAUCAUCAUCAUCAUCAUCAUCAUGAGCGCUCAGUUCUGGGAGAAACCUGCUCGGAGCCUCUGCUGCCGAGCCGAGCCAAUGCUGCAGGGAAGAGAACGAGGCUGCGCUCGCUGACCGGCGAGCUCGAGGCGCAGCUACAGAGGCUCAACUUCACCGAAGAGGAGGACACGGAGCGAGGAACGCCGCCGGCAGCGCUGCUAGCGUGUCAUAGCGGCUGCAGGAGAAGGCGGAGCUCCAGUCUUCGCCGGAGCCCUGGCGGAGAAGCGCUGGACGGCAGCAGCCCGCUGGAGAGAGACUUCAGCGUUCAGAGCAUGACCUCCAUGAUUAACGAGGACUGCUUCUACGACAGCGUGCUGGGGAUGCAGAAGGCUGCUUAUCACACGCUACAGAGCUAACAUGCUAACGUUAUCACACGCUACAGAGCUAACAUGCUAACCUUAGGGGUGUAGUGCUACCGGAGAGCGCGUCUGUCCUAGUCAGUCCCUCCAGAAAUCACACAAAUAGCGCCACACCCCCAGCUAACAUGCUAACGUGGAAGAGGAGGCUGACGUUAGAGCUACUAGACUACUGGAGCCCCGGGAGAGGAAACUAAACUCCAGACACUGCAAACCGUUCAUCAGACCUGCAGAAGUUGUCACAUCAACAUAUGACGAAGGAUUCACUCAGACGUGAACUCCUAAACACACUGCUGACUUUCAUCUCGACAACAUCACGGACGUCUGGGGGACAUUUGGGAUAUCACAACCUCUGGCUGCCGCGAUAACAACAAUAAUUCCUACCUCACACACACAGACACACACACACACACACAUAUACAGACAGACACACACACACAGACAGACAGACAUUUUUGAACCUCACAUGCGAACAAAUGCAAACUGGAGUAAUUUUGUAAAACAGCCAUGUGAAGGAACUCAAGUUAAAAAUUAUUAUAUUAACACUGUGAGAAGAAACUUAAUCUCAUAAAAUAUUUCAACUCUAUAGAGGCCCUAUGUUCCCACAUUUUUCUUAAAAUUAGGCCCUAUGUUAGGGUUAGGGUUACAUUCCAUCUGUAGUCCAUU